AUGAUGCUCCAGGUGAGGAUCGAACUCACAACCUCGGCAUCACCCGCACACAUACUGCUGUAUAAGUACCGCGCGCUAACCGAUUGCGCCACUGGAGCACCUGCUUUCCACUUCCGGUCACUAGCUACACGGCCUACGCAGCAAGGGCCAGCGUCUCGGCUGGGGGCACGGCCCGGGCCCCCCCCCCCCCGCUCCCCCGGAGCGCCGCCGCCGCCUCUCGCGCACCGGGCGGGUCGGGUUCGGCUGCCACCCCGCCGGGGUCACCCCCGUGACGGCGCGGGGGGCGCUCUGCGCGCGGAGACGGCGGCGACCGCUUGCAAGGCGACCGGGACAGGCAGGUGCGGACGCGCGGGCGCCCCCCGGGACAGCGCUCCUCGCGCGGCCUCCGAGGGGCUGGGGGGGGGCGCGGGGGGGGGGGCGCUGGCUCGCACGGACGCCGCUCGGCGCCUCGCUCCGGCUCUCCCGCAACCAACGGGUUGGAAACCGGAGGAUGUGAGAGGCUGUUUGCUGCCGCGAAGGGAUCUGCGCAACAGCCGCGCCCUUUUGUGUGAAGUGUGGGAUCAUCAGACCAUACUGCGUUCUCAUCCCUGUGGGCACGGUCACCGGCUCGGCCCUGCUGUGGGGGGCUUGGAGCCUCUCCACCUGCGUGAGGAGAGAUGCCAGGCAGCUCCCAGCCCCCUAUGCUGUGCUCUCUUCUCCAUCUGGACUGGUGUCUGUGUGUUCUUGGCAUGGCUGCUACGAAGUCUGUAUAUUUUGAAAGAAACUAGCUCACACAAGGAAGAGAAAAUCAUGUUUCUCUACUCAUCUUUAAUCCCCUUCGCUCAGCACCACGCUGGUUUUCUUAUCUGCCAGUGCCCAGAAAGAAGCACAGAAGUUUUUCUCUAUAUAUUUAUUCUGAAUGGAACAAAACCCAGCUUCCAGUCAAAGCCUCAGAUUCCGUUUCGGGGCAGAGGGAGUGAAAGCAGAAGAUUCCAGACUACCAUACUCAGAUUCCCACUGAUGGGAUGCAGUCACAGCCAGAACCCUGUAUGAUCAUGCAGGCCACUAAGAAAAGCCGAUGACUUCUAUUUCUUAGAAGUUCAUCA